CCCUCAAAAUCGUACUCUCACUUGAACGAUUGUCUCAUCGGAAAGUCGUUCUUUAAUCGUCGCCUCCUCCUUCCUCCGUCAUGACAAUGGAGUGCGUUAACCCCGAAGGUCUUCGAUUAGAUGGUCGCCAGUUCAACGAAGUAUGUACGCAUUACUAUUCAAAGCUCUUCGCAUGAUCAAACCCUAGAAUCGUGGAUACGUCCGAUCUUGCUGAAGGGACAUGAACGUCCAUUGACGUGCCUCAGGUACAACAGAGAUGGCGAUCUCCUAUUCUCCUGCGCCAAGGACCACACUCCCACUCUCUGGUUUGUCGAUAAUGGCGAACGCCUUGGAACCUACCGUGGCCACAAUGGUGCUGUUUGGUGCUGUGAUGUCUCCCGAGACUCAUCAAGAUUGAUCACUGGUAGUGCUGAUCAAACUGCUAAGCUCUGGGAUGUGCAAUCUGGUGAACAAUUGUUCACAUUCAAGUUUGGUUCUCCGGCCAGGUUUGUGGAUUUCUCUGUUGGAGAUCAUCUUGCUGUGAUUACCACUGAUCCCUUCAUGGAACGUACCUCUGCUAUUCAUGUCAAACGCAUUGCCGAAGAUCCCCAAGACCAGGUUGGUGAUUCUGUGCUUGUCAUUAAUAAUCCUGAUGGAAAGAAGAGGAUCAAUAGAGCUGUUUGGGGUCUCCUGAACAAAACUAUCGUUAGUGCUGGUGAAGAUGCUGUUAUCAGAAUCUGGGAUACCGAGACUGGGACAUUGCUCAAGGAAUCAGAUGAGGAAGUGGGCCACAAGAAGGCCAUUACAUCGCUCUGUAAAGCAGCUGAUGAUUCUCAUUUUCUUACAGGUUCACUUGACAAAACUGCAAAGCUUUGGGACAUGAGAACACUGACUCUUAUAAAGAGUUAUACCACAGUGGUUCCUGUAAAUGCUGUUGCCAUGUCUCCACUUCUCAACCAUGUUAUGCUUGGAGGUGGUCAAGAUGCAUCAGCUGUGACUACCACUGAUCAUCGUGCUGGGAAGUUUGAAGCUAAGUUUUACGACACGAUUCUGGAAGAGGAAAUAGGUGGUGUCAAAGGUCAUUUUGGACCUAUAAAUGCUUUGGCAUUCAAUCCUGAUGGGAAGAGUUUCUCUAGUGGAGGUGAAGACGGUUACGUGAGGCUGCAUCAUUUUGACUCCAAUUACUUCGACAUCAAGAUUUAGAUUCUUUGAAAGAGACUCCCAUUACGCUUUUUUAUUUUCUCUCUUUUCAGCAUUUUCAUGAUUUUGUACUACCAAUAUACUUUGAUGAUAUAAGCUCUUUGAAAUAAUUGAUGGCAUAAGCAAUCAAUUCAAACGUAUAAAUGGUGGUAAUUUUUUUUU